CGCAUUAUUCCUUCUUCAUCUUUUGGCAUUGGCUUCUCAAUUCUCAUAGCGAUCGCUGACUGUUUGAACUCAACAAACAAACACUCAUUCACGUCAAUACACAAAACUCUCUUCUUCUCACCUCACCAAAAACCUUUUCCCCUAAUCAAAAACAGAGCUACCUACUUUCUCUUGUCCUCCAUCUCAUUCAAACAAUUAAUAUACAUAUAUAUAUAUAUAAUAAUUCUCAAUAUAUAUGGAAAGUAAGGGAGAGCUUUUCCAGCAAUGUCAACUUCCCAUGACAUCAAGAUUCACACGAGUCUGUGUUUUUUGCGGGAGCAGUCCUGGCAAGAAUCCAAACUAUCAGCUUGCAGCUACUGAACUCGGCAAAGAACUGGUCGAAAGGAACAUUGACUUGGUUUAUGGUGGAGGGAGCAUUGGUUUGAUGGGUCUGGUUUCCCAAGCUGUCUAUGAAGGUGGUCGCCACGUGUUGGGAGUAAUUCCCAAAACUCUCAUGCCAAGAGAGAUUACAGGAGAGACUGUGGGAGAAGUAAGAGCUGUAUCAGGCAUGCAUCAACGCAAAGCUGAAAUGGCUAAACAAGCCGAUGCAUUUAUUGCUCUGCCAGGUGGGUAUGGAACAUUGGAAGAGCUUUUGGAAGUUAUCACUUGGGCUCAGUUAGGAAUCCAUGAAAAACCAGUGGGAUUGUUAAACGUAGAUGGGUACUACAACUCAUUGCUGUCGUUUAUAGACAAAGCUGUAGACGAAGGUUUCAUAGCCCCAGCUGCCCGUCACAUUAUUGUGUCUGCCCAAACUGCCCAAGAUCUCAUGUGCAAACUUGAGGAUUAUGUUCCUAAGCAUUCUGGUGUGGCCCCUAAGCUAAGUUGGGAGAUAGAGCAGCAAUUGGGAUACACUGCAAAGGUUGACAUUUCUCGUUGACUUGAUCCAAUUUGAUGAAAGACUAAUGAUCAACAAUCAUGACCGUAGAUAUUAUUAGUAAGAAAAAAAAAGAUCAUGUAGAUGUGAGGUCCACUAGAAUAGGCAGUGUCACUACUACCACAGUUUGUUUUAGUUGACUGUGGAUUAAUUAUGUUUAUUAAUUUUGGGAUUUUUAUAUUAAUUCUGGCCAUUAGAAUGAUGGUUCGACCUAGAUCAACAAGGCCACCGCUUUGCUUAAUAGUUUUGUAUGUCGGUGAAUCACCGCUUAUGUAUAUUUUAUUUAUUUAUUUUUAAUAUAUUUGCAUGAAUUGAUGAGUUGUUAUAAGUUGCUUUCAAAAAAAAAAGAAGAAAAAUCAAGAAGAUUUGAUGA